AGACUUCUGUUGGGCAGCUGUUGGAAGCUAACUGAAGGAGCGUCAGCCUUUAGAGCGGAGUCAGUGAAUCCCCUCAUCAAUCCGGGCGGAGCGGCACUCACUCUGCGGCGAGGUCACCCAGCUGCUCGGUCAGACCCUUUUACGCACUGAGGGAGCCACCUGAAAACGCAGAUGUUGACGUCGUGAGAAGAGGGAUCCAGUAGUUUCCCCCCGUAAAUUCUCCUGGAAUAUUCAGAUUGAUUGUUGGCAGCACAUUUUGAAAUUAUCAGCUAAAAGCCGGAAGACAUCUCCUCUGCAGAAUGAAGGGAUUUACACCUUUCUUCAAAAUGUUUCUUAUUGCGCUACUUGCCGCCAGCGUCUCCGCUACCAAGUUAAAUGUACCACGGCUGAGACUGUCAUACAAAGAUCUGCUGUCCACCAACAGGUCUUCUGUUUUCAGCGGUCAUCAUGGCCAGCUCUCUGUUACCGCUGUCUUCCUGGAUGAGUAUCGUGACCGCCUCUUCCUGGGAGGGAAAGACGUGCUGUACUCUCUCCUGCUGGGACCUGCCAGCAGUGAAUCCAAAGAGAUCUACUGGCCCCCAUUACCUGGUAACAGAGAGGACUGCAUUCAAACAGGGAAGGAACCACAGACGGAGUGUGCCAACUUUGUUCGCCUCCUGCAACCCUACAACCGGACCCACCUCCUGGCCUGUGGCACCGGUGCCUUCCAGCCCAUGUGCGCCUUCAUCAACGUGGGGCACAGAGGAGAGCAUGUGUUCACAAUGGACCCUACGAAUGUGGAGAACGGACGAGGAAAGGUUCCACAUGAUCCCAGCCUCCCCUUCGCUAGCACCUUCAGUGGUGGGGAGUUGUAUACAGGACUGACGGCAGAUUUCCUGGGUAGAGACUCUGUGAUCUUCAGGAAUAUGGGAGGUCGCUCCACCAUGAGGACAGAGACUGACCAGAAGCUUCUCCAUGACCCUAAGUUCAUCGCUGCCCACCUCAUCCCAGACAACAGCGACAGAGACAACGAUAAAGUGUAUUUCUUCUUCACUGAGAAGGCCACAGAGGCAGGGGACAGGGAGGGGGCCAUACACACACGUGUCGGACGAGUGUGUGCGAAUGAUGUAGGAGGCCAGAGAGUGCUGGUAAACAAAUGGAGCACCUUCAUCAAAGCCAGACUGGUCUGCUCUGUGCCGGGACCUCAUGGCAUUGACACACACUUCAACCAACUGGAGGAUGUUUUCCUGCUGAGGACCAAGGAUGAGAGGAACCCAGAUGUCUUUGGGAUCUUCAGCACCAUCAGUAAUGUGUUCCAGGGUUUUGCUGUGUGUGUUUACCGUAUGGCUGACAUCAGAGAAGCCUUUAAUGGUCCCUUCGCUCAUAAAGAGGGCCCUGACUACCAGUGGGGGGCCUACGAAGGCAGGGUCCCUUAUCCAAGACCAGGCGUGUGCCCAAGUAAAAUCACCAACCAACCAGGCAGAGAGUUUGGCAGCACAAAGGACUUCCCUGAUUCGGUGCUGCAGUUUGCCCGCAAUCACCCGUUAAUGUGGCGGCCGGUGUAUCCCGCCCUGCGCCAACCCGUACUUGUGAAGGCAAACAUUCCUUACAAACUGAAACAAAUAGUGGUGGACCGGGUGGAGGCAGAGGACGGGCCGUAUGACGUCAUGUUCAUCGGCACAGAUGUUGGUACAGUAUUGAAGGUCAUUGCCCUGCACAGUGGAAACAGCCUGGAAACAGAAGAAGUCACACUGGAAGAGCUACAAGUCUUUAAAGUGCCAACUCCAAUUACAUCACUGGACAUAUCUGUGAAACGGCAAGCCCUGUAUGUGGGCUCUCCAGCAGGUGUGGCGCAGGUGAAGCUGCAUCGCUGUGAGACUUAUGGGAAAGCCUGUGCUGAGUGCUGCCUGGCCAGAGACCCUUACUGCGCAUGGGAUGGAUCACUGUGCGCACGAUACGUGCCCAACAGCAAACGCCGCUUCCGCAGACAGGACAUCAGGCAUGCAAAUCCUAUGCUGCAGUGUGUGGAUCAGAAUCUGAGUGAUGACUUUGAUGUAACAGAAGACAGUGUGGUUUAUGGGACAGAGAACAACAGCACCUUCCUGGAGUGUGUUCCUCGCUCUCCACAAGCUACUGUAACCUGGCUCGUCCAACGUGACGAUCGAAAGGAAGAGGUGAAGCUAGACGAUCGUGUGAUGUCUACAGAGCAGGGCCUCCUGUUUCGUCGUCUCUUCCGCCAGGAUGAAGGCGUGUACAUCUGCCGCUCCCGAGAGCACGGCUUCACACAGACCCUAGCCCACCUCACCCUCGAAGUCCUUCAGGGGGAGACUGUGGAUGAGCUCAUGGCACGUGACAAUGGUGGCCUCUCUGACUCAUUCAAAGAUCGGUCGACAGGAGGCUACAGGGCCUGGAUGCCUUGUAGCGCAUACAGCAGGGGCGGCUCAUCAAGCCAAAUGGGCCAAUCACGCACAUGGUUCAAGGAUAUCAUGCAGCUGAUUGGGCCAUCAAACCUGCCUCACGUGGAGGAGUACUGCGAGAGGAUGUGGUGCAACGACAAGCUGAGGAGGAAACACAAGAGCAUGUUGGAGAAAUACCGCCAGGCACAGGAGAGCGCCAGGAAGGCUCGUAGCAAGAGCUCCGGUGAACGUAACCGGACGCCAAGGGAUCUUAGCGCAUGGGAGGAGUAAUGGAGAGAAAGCAGCGGGGGGAAAAGAAGGAGAAAAUGAAAGACGAUAAAGGGACAAAGAUUACAGUACUGAACCUAACAGAAUGGAUUUAAUGAAAUCAGUGUAUGUGUAGGUGAGGUGCCAAGGGUUGGUUCUGGAUUUGGCCCAAAAAAGACAGAAGUGUUCGGUUGUCUGGACAGUAGGAAAGACAGCAGGAAAAAAAAAUGAUAUUGAAAUGAACGGGUUGUUGCUGAUGUAAUAAUGUUGAUAAAAGAGGAGACAAGAGUCUUUCAAAUACACUCUGGUUGCCAAGGACUCCUCCCGCUCUUACACUUUAGCUCUUGUGUCUACUGUUAUUGAAAUGACAGAUUUGGCUUUCAUCAAGUCAUUUAAAACCUUAAAAAUGUCACAAACCGAUUUAUAAAAUGUAUGCAUGCCUGUGGGCUGACUUUACCGACAGCUUCGUGGACUCUUUGCACUCAUGGAAAAUUGGGGCUUCAAAAGAGAGGGACAUAUACUGUAUUUACUUACUUUGUAUCUUUGGACCACAGAAGCAAGUUUGACAAGUGCAGCUCUGACACACACGGACACAUAUACUUUCUAUUUGUUUCUCUCACUCCCAAAGUUGGACGCAUUUCAGACAAUGCAAUCACUGGAUGCAUCUCCUUCUCAAUUGGUAUUUAAUGGUGCACAUUUCGUGACUUGUUCUGCAAGUGUUUUAAAGGAAUAUUCAUAUGACUUCAGUUCAACUGACUUUGUAAAAUAAUUAGGGACAUAUGCAGCUAAUGCUCACAGGCUUACUGUAUCUGAUCUCGCCAGUUUAGAUGGACACACACACACACACACACACACACACACACACACACACACACACACACACAAACAAACACAUAAACUGAAAUCACACUCAUCACACUGAAUGCAUAAAGCUCAACUAGCUCAAACUGGAAGCUGUAGACGACUGUUGAUGGUUCAACAGAUUAAAAGGCACAUUGUUGCUUUAUUUUUACUGCUAUGGGUUAAACUUUCCUCUCAAGACCAGCUACAGAUCACAAUUCCCCCCUUACUGACCUUUAAAGGGAUAUUUCACAGUGGUUUAUUUUCAUGCAUACCGUAACACCUCCUGGAAGGUACCUAAUGACCACAGUCGAGCUCUGAUAUUUCCAUGGGGAUCCUUAUGCAGCUCAACUUAAUGAAAACUAAGUCAGUGACAUAAACAUCAAUCCAGCAAGUAGGCCUACAAAUAAUAAUUUUUUAUCAUUUGAGUAAUUGUUUAGCCUAAAACUGUGAAAAAUGUCCAUCACAACCACAGCCCAAAGUGACAUCUUCAAAGUGCUUUUUUCUUUCCGACCAACAGUUAAAAUCCAGCCAUUAAAGGAGAAUUAAAAAACCAGGUAACCUCAUCUCAUCUUUUAAACAUCCACUAGUCUUUUUUCCCACAGUUCCUGUGUGCUGUAGCUCUCUAGUGACAACAGAGGGAACAAUAGAGGGGUCAGCGGUAUUGGCCGACUCCUUUUGUGCUUUCUGCUUUGUAAACACUGGUUUUAAGAUGGUUCAUGGUUUGAACACAUGAUAAUCCACACUGUUAUUAUCUUCAGUUUUGUUGUUAAAAUAGAACUUUUACAGUUAAUGAAACCAAAAAAGGUUUUCCUUCCACAGGUAACAUGUGGAGAAGAGAACAGAGGGUGGAAUUAAAUAAUGAGACAGAACAAAACAAAUAAAGAACAGAGCGGAUAAAGAAAAGAGUGGCCUUUAAUAGGGUGAGAUAUGAGCAUUGGAACCUAAAGUCAAAUUUGGCUUCAAAUGUAGAAAAAAGAGUGGAGGUCAGGAAAGACAGGCAAGGAGAACAGAUGCCAGUGAGGGCUGUGUGUGGAUGGGAGUGAGAUACUUAGGUGCUUCAGUAAUAUAAUAUGAAAUAUUAAAACAAUAAACUGAAGAAGAAACAUAAUGAUAAUAUUGUGUUUUUUUGACUAAAUGAGUUUUAAGAGUUGCUUUCAACUGUAUCACAUAUGUAACAUUUUGAAAACAUUGAUGGAGGUUUUGGAGUUGCAUUACUAGUGCAGUAACCUCAUCCCACCAUGCAGGUCCUGUGGAGAACUGUGCAAUUGAUGGCUACAUGCAGUACACCUAAUAAACAAUGGAAAAGAUGUGCCUACAUGGUUUCCAUACUUAAGUUGCCAGAUGAAGUACUUAUGAAAUAUUAAUUUAAUCUGGAAACUUUAAUCUUUGUCCCUGUAUGUGUGUAUAUGUAAGAAAUCCACGUUUAUACUGUCUACAUUUUUACUGUGAUCAGUUAAAUGUUGGCGGUGAAGUCAAAAAAUAAUAAUUUUCUAGUUAUAAACUCUACAAAAGUUAACCAUGCCUACUGAAUUAAUUUAAAGACAGCUACACACAUUGAGCAUAAUAAUCAGCUGACCUCCAAUAUGGCUGCCAGAGGGUUAAAUCCUUUUAAUAUGUGUACAUAUGGAAGAUGGUAUGUCUAUUCUGGGAGCCCUUUCAUUGUUAAAAAUGAACCAGGAAGUUACACUAAUGGCUGAAUGGCUUCUCCGAAGACAAUACAAUAGAGAGGAGGAGUGAAGCUGUCGAGAAGAAAGGAGCGAGCUAUUCAAAAAAUAAGGUACUAUAAACAUCUUAAAGGCUGUAUUUGGAAUUUUUAAAACCGAUAAUCCCUAUAAAAACCCAUUUCCACAAUUCAUCAGUAUAAAGUGAGUAUUAUUAUUUUUUUAGUUUGGGGAUUGUGAGAUUCCACUUAGUGUUUUCUCUAAAAAUAUUGCUUAUGAUGUGUAUCUAAACUUAAAGAAAAUGAUAGAAUGACCUAGAGUUAAAAACUUGUACUUGGUCUGUUCUGCUCUGUUCCAUGAAGAUAUUAAGAAUAAGUAACUUUUUGUUGUGGUGGUCUCAUUUGUUUGUUUGAGUUUCUGCUUCUCUAAACCCACAUCAUGAUACUUAAUUACUGUCAUCAGAAAAUAAAAAUCUCUGUUUAAGGUAUAACUUUUGUGAUUGAUUGUAAACUUCUAGUGUGUAAAAUUAUCUAAAAAUACAAGUUUCCAUUUUACAGCAACUGUGAUAAGAUAAUAUGGAACCGCCAAAAUAAAUGCUGACACUUUUUUUCUUGACAAUGUUUUCAGACUUGUGAAAGAAAAGUCAUUCUUCAGGAUGGAAUUUUGCGCAUUUUUGCAAAUAUGUGAUUUUAGUUUCUGACAAACAUGUGCAUCAUUGAUUAAAUGUUUGUUAUUUGUGCAUGUUCAAACCAUACAUUGUAAAGCCUUUAAAUGCAUUUCAGUUGUUGUACAGUUGUACAAAGUGUGUUGUAGUGUUGUUGCAUACGUUUAUAUUUGUUUUACUUACUCUUGAGCUGCCCACUCUAUAGCUAGUUCAGUGCAGUUUGUCAAUUUUUAAAAAACUUUAAUCGAAAACACAUGUUGAAUUUCAUACUUAUCAGUGUGAUCAAUGUUUGUAAUAACUUCUGUAAAUUUGGGGCAGGGAAAUUACACAGGUGAUUUCUGUGAUUAGUUGUUCCUCCUGAUUGGAAGUGCAUUAAUUGAUAAAUACCUGCACAUGCGCUGAUCAUCACUGCUACUCUACAUUAAGCUGGCCAGAGGUACAGUCAAUAACAGACAGCAGAUGGAAGUGCAGUAGAAACAACCAUGAACAAGCACACUAUAGCUGUUUUGAACUUGAAAGGUUCAACAAGCCUGGUUCUCCUUGUAAAACAGUCCUUACUUCAGGCAACAAUACAGUUAAUGUAGACUGCAGGCUGGAAAGUGUAAGGAAAAUAUAACAUUAAAUUGGUGAACUGUCUCUUUAUUGUACUGUAAACGUGUGCUAGUUGUGGGGCCUCUGACAAAGCCUGACAAAGUAUUUAUGUUUUAUUUAAGUGUCUUUCUACCAUGCAUGCUAUGUACUUGUAUGCUAUUUAACAGCAUUAAAGGUUGAUGUUCUAACAUAAA